UUCAACAACGAGUUCACAGCAUGGCGAUUAUUUGUCGGUGGCUGAUGUGUUACGAGAUUUGUUUCGUGUGAAAGAUGCCGUGGUAAUCGUGUUGAACGUUCGGACCAAUUUCUGGGCCCCUCGGCUGGAAUCGCGUAGCGCGGUGUGUGAAAGAUGGCGUGAAAGGGAGUGCAGUACAGUGGGAAGAUGCUUGGACGAUGCACCUUGGCGUUCUACGGGAAAAAUCAUAGCGUUGAUUUAUUUUUCAUGACUUCUUGGACGUAGAAUGGCAGCUCUGUUUAGUCGUAGUGUCCUGAAGGUUUCAGUUGCUCAGAUAUGUCAAAACAUUGGCUGGCACGCCGUGCAUCAGUCAACGUUGGAGUUGCUUGCUGACAUACUUCAUCGCUAUGUACUUGAAAUCGCCAGGACAGCGCAAGCCUAUUCAAAUCAAGAUGGGCGAACCGAGCCCAACUUGGAUGAUCUGUCGCUAGCGUUCAAUGACCUGGGCAUCCUGCUGAACGAGCUCGAAGAGUACAUUAACAACGUCGAGCCCGUGGCGUUUGCCAAGAGGGUUCCCCAGUUUCCUGUCGCUCGGCCCACAAACCUGCUGCACCCCAAACCUGGCAGCCGAGAGCUGCUGCAGAGGCCCGAGUGGGUGCACGAGUUCUUUCCCCCUAUGCACCCUGAGCUCGAAGAGGAGGAAAGUAUGCUCUUGUCUCCUGGGUCGGCCAAUGAUGGCAUGAAAAGAGACAUGGCGUCCAACAGUGCUGGCGAGGAAGUAUCUUCUCCCCAGGGAAGUCCGCAGCCUGCCAAGCGAAAUUCCGAUGGCUCGGAGACUCCCACACCCAAGCGUUUCAGGCUCUGCACAGAGGAAGAGGGCCAGCCCAUGCGAGAGGUGACGAGUGUAUUCAUGACGCCCUCGGGCUUCAUCUCGCCGGCUCGAGAGGGCAAGCUCCCGGAGCCAAGCGCUCCAUCGUCAUUCAUCAAAACCCUGCCGGCUGGCAUGGCCUUUGACUCAGAUUCUUCGGACAGCAUAGAUUUGCCACACAAGGAGGUGAAGAUGAAGGAGCCCAAGAAAACGAUAAAGGUGAAGAAAGAGGGCAAAGAUGGCAAGAAGGCCAAGACGAGCAAAAAGGACAACAAGGAGAACACGCAUCUGAAGAAGACCCCUCCGCUUUUCGUCCCUUUCAUGAGCAAAAAGAGUUCAAGCAGCAACCCCAUGCUCAAGAUUAAGAAGAAGCUUGCCAAAGGCCUGAAGCUGUCCAAGGAACUGAAGCUGUCCAAGGAGCUGAAGCUCUCCAAGGAUGGCAGCAGCAAGAUAGCCAAGAUCAAGUCCAAGAACAAGGAGGGAAAGGUGAAGGAAGGAAAGAUCAAAGAGGGCAAGAUCAAGGAAGGCAAGAACAAGGAAGGAAAGAGCAAAGAAGGAAAGAGCAAAGACGGUUCCAAGUCAAAGUCGAAAAGCAAGAACAAGCUGGGUAACCCAGGGGGCACAGGAGGCUUGAUGGCUGUGGCUGGCCUGACGCCAAAGCCUGCAAAGAUUAAAUCACUCAACAAGUCUAAGAAUCCAACGACUUCAAAAGCAGAAAAGAAAGAGAAGAAAAAGCAGGCAGCUGCAGCUGCAGCAGCAGCAUCAGAACAGGCCAUUCCCUUCUUAUUUGCACCGUUGCCAACACCGCCUUCCCUUGCACCUGUGGCAGCACCGCCCCCAGCCCCACCGCCUCCUGCUCCCCCACCACCGCCUGCACCGUCUUCACCACCGGCGUUGUCUCCUCCUCACUUGCCUCUGUCGUUGACGUCCAUGAUCCCUCCCUCCAUGCUGUCGACCAUGACACCACUGCAAGUGAUGGCAUGCAAGGCGGAAGAGGAACGGAGCAAGCUGAAUGCAGCCGCCGCAGCUGCUGCUGCGCAGGAAACUUCAGCGGUCGCGGACGACCCAUACGAGGACGAGCCACUUUCUCGCGAGGAGUCUCCAGAGCCGAGGCUCGUCAUCGACGACUCGCCCGAGACGCUCAGCAAGCAGGAGAAGGAAAACCGGCUGGCCGACAUAGAGCUGUGCAUUGACGCCGUGAUCCAGAAGGCAAGAGAGGAAUCUCGGCUCGAAGAGAAAAGGGAGACCUUGGAGGCAGCUAUGUCAGGCAUGCUGAACCGCAAGCUGGAGCCGCGGGACGUCUACGACUUCACAGACUCCGACUCGUCGCCGCCACCGACGCCCAAGACUCCGGAUUUAGUGGGCUCACCAGCUCCAAAGAAGGAAGUCAAGGAACCAUCGCCGGAGCGUGUUCCAGGACCACCUGUUGUCACGGAACACAAGAAGUCUAAAGAGAAGACUAAAGGCAAGAAGAAGUCGGGAAAGAACAAAUCGGCCCCGGGAACACUGUCCCCAAAGAAGGGGCUUCCAAAGACACCGGAAAUGAAGGCAUCUCCUCUCAUAGCCCUCUCCCAGCGGGCAGAAACAUCUCCAGAACCAGCACCCAGCUUCUCGGGCGUGUUUCCCUUCUCCCAACAACAGCCGCAACUGCAGCAGCCUCAGCAACCACCAACUGGUCCCCUGUUCUCGCCGAAGUUCCCUGCUUUCGGAUCACCGCCCACUCAGGGUUUCCUGCCGGCGUUUCCAUUCUCCUCACAGCUUCGAGCAGGCACGUCGUCCCAUUUUCCGACACCGCCACUGUUUGUGCCACCACCUUCCUCCCGCGAAGACAUGUCCCCAGCGUCCUCCCCUACGGCACCUCCCCCUGGAGGAGGCCUUAUGGGUCCUGUGGUACUCGGUGGUAGUCCCUUCGCCGUCAAGACCUUGGCUGAAAAGAAAGCCAUCCCACCCAUUGUGCCGUCCACAAGCCGAAUGGAUGAAGACAAGCCAUCCUUCUCGAAAUCUGAUAAAGACGGGGAAAAGUUUUCAAUGGACAAAUACUGGAAGCCUGGACUGAGGAAGGGCAGGCUGUCGGCAGCCGUAAGACGUGUCGUCAAGAGCAAAGCCAAAGAGAAGAAGGAGAAGAAGGUUGACAAGAAGGAGCAUGCCAAGAAGAAGCCAAAGGAGAAGCCACCCAAAGAGAAGCCGCCCAAGGAGAAGAAGGAAGGCAAGGUCAAGCUGAAGGCUCCCGAGAAGACCAAGGCGGAGAAGAAGGUCAAAACGAAAGUUGGCAAGGAGAAGGAGAAAAAGAAAGGGAAAGAGGAGAAGAAGAAGGAUGACAGCAUUCCCAAGAUCACUGUGAAGCUUGGAAGCACUCCGAAGCCCAGUGCAACGAAAAUCCUCUUCAAAGCGUUGGCCCAAGGCAGCUCUCCUCCGGACCCAUUUGCGGCGUCACCGCCGUCCUCUCCCGUGCGAGCCCGCAGCCCAUCGCCGCCAGUGUUGGCUCCCGUGGCCGCGCCUCCGCCGCCCCAGCCGCAGACGAGUGGCCGGGGCAGCAAGGCAUCGUCCAAGGCCUCCAAGGGUGCGGCUGCCGCACCCCCUGCCUCCCAGCAACCGCAGCUGGCCGAGGCCGUCUCUCCGCUCCCCACGGCCAGGAUGGUCAUCACCGAGACCGUCGGCACCAUUGUGGAUGAACGAGGAAACAAAAUCUGGAUAUGUCCCGCAUGCGCCAGACCAGACGAUGGCAGUCCCAUGAUCGGCUGUGACGAGUGUGACGACUGGUAUCACUGGGUGUGCGUGGGAAUCGUGGUGCCCCCGAAGGAAGAGGAGAGCUGGUAUUGCAACCGCUGCAUUGCCAAGAGGCAGGGGGCCCUGGCCAAGAAGAAGAAAAAGAAGCACCGCAAGGACAAAUGAAGUUGCGGCGCCUCUUUUCCCUGGGGACGGUGGCACGCACCCAGGUCCCGGAGAAGCACAACCCCCUCCUUAUCCGCGCAACUCUCAUCGUCGUUCCUCCCCGACCACCACCCAACCUGCACACGUUCUUCGUUCCCAUUUGUCCAUUUCGUUUGUCGGAACGCGCGCCACGAUCGCGAGGCGACCCUGUGGGCCGCACGGUGAAAACGUGUUGACUGCACCGACCGGUCCCACGCGCGAUGUGCUGCCCCCUUUGCUCAUGUACUAUUUUUUUUUCUUAAUUAAAGAAUCCUUUUUUUUUUCUUUUUAAUGGACAGCCCUCAGUGACUUUGAGCUGUGUUCCGUUCACCUCGUUUGGACAGAAGAGAGACGGUCGUUUGCCUCCCGACUUCGGAAAAGGAAAAAAAAAGAAGAGUGGUGUCUCUUGGCGAAUCCUGUUCCUCGCGGAAAUAGUUAUUUAGCGUGUGUGUACCCCGAGGGUAAGUGUAUCAUCGUUUACGCCAUUCAUCGUCACUCUUUCACCCUUACAGUGUACCUAGUUUUAUGCGGCGCAUUCGCGCUGCUCGUUUGUUAUCAGUUGUUAUGUGUGCCGUCGGAGGCACGCUGCUUGAUCGGGAAAAAAAGAAAAGUUUGUCGACUCACCGUUCACUAAUGUCCCCUGGUCUCGUACGGCAAGAGGCUCGUUCAUCCGUUGUGCAACCAUUCCUUCCAUUCUGUUGCUUUCUUUUUCGUUGCAUAAUCUUGCCAGGUCCGCCAAUAAUAGUACGAGGCUGGGUCAUUCACCUCAGUUACCUUGGUGCAGGACUUGUAACUAGGUGCUGGGCAUGCUAUUUUUACCAUCGGUGUUUUAGUUGUGGUAGUCUGUUCGUUCAGACAUUGUUAAUUUCAUGCGUUAUUCUCGCGUACCAGUAGCCGCUUUGUGUUUAGUACUAUUGAUGUGUACAAACUGUUGUUUCAGAGCCCUUGGUUUAGUGGGAUUAGCCAGCUCCCCCCCUUUUUUUUUUCCUAUACCUGGUUAGAAAGUUAUUAGGAAUGGGGGUGUGCGAAUAUUCAAAAUUUCAAACACGAACAGAGUAGUCUGUGCUGCUUGAUUUGAGAAUUUCUUAUUGCAAGUUCUCAGGCAAUCAUUUCUUUAGAAUAUGUAUCCCUUGUAAUGGAUCAUUGGCCCAGUCGAGUUGUUUUUGUUGAGCAGCUUUUAGCCAGAACUAUCUACCAGAACUAUUGUAUUUGUGGAAAUAAAUUUGUAUUGUAUUGUAUUGGAUUUAAGAGCUAUCGACACCUUCUGAAGUCCAGAGCGAAGGAGCAUGAUGGACUGAGAACUGUUUCGAAUGAUCCUUCUGCAGGAUAGCUACAUAAACUGUACUCAGCAAUAUCAAGUCAUUCACUAAGAAUGGGUUCCUCUUAGCUAUGUUGCCUGCAUAUGAAUUUGGUUCGAUCUGCAAUUGGACCGGGCUCAGCAUAUUCUCAUUCCUUAUAAGCAAUGUAUGGUGCUUUAGUAUGUUGCUUCUCUUCUUUUGCAAACAUGUACAGUGCUCAUGGAUUGAAACGCGACAUCAAAACUUUUAAUGCUACAAGUUGUAUGUGAUAAACCGUGUUUGCACGAUUUUAACACACCCUUUUUUUUUAGGGAAAUGUAGCCCUCAAGUUUGCAUGCACAUUACAGUCAGGCUGAAAAAUGAUACUGGCAUCAAGUUUUUUUCUUCAAUUUUUCUAAUGUAAGAUUACCUGCGCAUUACAAUUGGGGGCGCGCUAGAAUUGCGUCAAUAUGGUAACCGUGUUGUAUUACUAUGUAUGUAGCUGCUAAAGGUAAUGUUGCCUCUGAUGUAAACGUUCGAGUCGAAAUUAUGCCAAAAUGACACGAAGUAUUUGAAAUCGGUGGUAACGAAAGUACUAUAUACAUCAACUAGCCCUAAUUUGUUGCGUUCCAAUUCAUAAGCUCCGUACUUCUCGUAACGUGUUUCAGUAAUGCGACUGCUAUGCUGUCCACGAUAUUUCAAAGCUUUCAUUAAAAAAUUUACAAGGUCCAUUAUUUGAGCGUCUCAUUGUGAAAGGCCUUUGCAUGUACAUAUGUUAAACGUAUAUGAACCCAAUUUCUUCACACGUCAAACAGACUGUGAAGGCUUUGCAUUUGAUGUCACAUCAAACGUGAGAAUGUAUUGAACACUCCAAAGGGGUUUCUUUUACUAUUCAUACUCAAUUAGGUCAGAUUAGAAGUUUUGCUAUUCGCACACCCCCAACUAAGAAGCACUUGCUACUUUGUGUGCGCGCAUAUUAGCGCUGGUUUGUAGCCCGUGUCACAGAAUCGUGAUGUCCUAAACCUUAUCGUCAGACAUAACUCACGUAGCUGGUUUCGGAGUGCAGCAGCUGUAAAUAUAGCAUGUGCAUCUAUUUAUUUGAACUUCACACCUUUAUUGCUGUUGAAGAACUUAUGCUUGGAGAGAUUCUGCUACUGGCAUCGUUUACGAUUACACCAGUGCAGUUUUAGCAAUGUAAUGGAAAAAGCGCGAAGUUGGUGUUUCGUCGGCAAUUGGAUCGCUCGUGUGAAACGUCCAGUGUCCAAAGAUUCGCACACAUGGUUCAUGCCAGUGUAUCGUCGAUUGUGUCGUGUCACGGCGGCUCACGUGUCGCUGCUCAUGUGCUUUGAGGUUGCAUGCACUCAGCACUCUCACACCUUUGAGGUUCAGUUUAGGGAGGUUUUUUUAAUGGUUGUUGGUUCUUUCCUUUUAUUAUUGUUUCUACAUGUGCAUAGCGCUUUGUUACUUACGAUGCAGACUGAGACCGGCAGUAAUUCACUGUUGGACGAUUGAAAAUAGCUGUCAGGUCGAGCAAAUCGUGUGAUUACGGUUAGCCUAUCAAGUUUUACGUGCAUCUUGUAGCCUUAAUUCGAGCAGCUUGAAUCGAUGAUUUUCGUUAUAUAAUUGGUUUCGGCCUUGUCAGUUGGAGGAGUUAGUUCAGAUACAUUCAGCACGAGACAUUGACGAGGCUUGAAUGGUUUGAUAUUGAGGCCACUGUUGUGCUAGUAUGAAAUUGUGCUAGCCUGCAUGUCCACUCUGAAUUGGACUAGCCAAUGUAUAUGCGGUUUUAUAUUCCUGUUCUGAUAGGAGUUUCAUUGAAGUAUGACUGGCUGUAUUUGUCUACUUGUGUUAUUAUGUUCUACCACCCAAGGUUUUUUCAAUGUGAGAUAAUGCAAGAAUUUCUGUAUGAUGCAAAGAAUUUCUGUAGUAUUUAUGAAUUCGAAUUGACGUGAGUUGACUCUACUGCCCGGGAAACCGUGAGGAGUAAUUUCUCCCAUACUCGGGCAGUUACCAGUUGCAAACGGUAUCUAAUGUGCACUAUUAUAACAAAAUAUUACAGUGCCCUGCUCUUGUAAAAUUUUUUAUUGUUAUUUUCGCAGUUACCAUGUGAGUGGUGGGACAUAUUGUGUUCUUUCAGAACACUCUGUCAAAUUAUUUUGGAAAAUGUCAAAUUACUUUGGAACAUAUUGCGUCUUAAUCGUGCUCUGUGACUGCGAUAUGCAUGCAGAAAGCAGAAACUGAUUCACGGUUGCUCUACACUUUUGUGUGCACAAGUUGCCUGUCUAUAUAAUCGAACCUCAGUGUGACAGUUUAUUAGUUAUAACGAAGUAAAUCUGAAACAUUGCUUGUCAGUGUGAAAAUGUCACAAAUGUGCCCUUGUAAUGAAUAUUAAAUACAGUGAAUGAUUUUAUGCUGUAUGUGGAUUUAUACGUAAAUGAGGCCUAAUAGUGUGUGCUGCUUGCAAGAUAUGAUCUUUUUUUGACAACCUAAGGUUUCAGAUUGCGUUGCCUUCACAGUGGAAAGGUUAUUUUUUGUUGGAACUUUUGUUUGGCUUAAUCCAGGGCUCCUCUGCUCACUGUUGUGUAUUGUGGUGUAGACCAAACACCAUCACCGUUAGCCUGCGAAAUGCACGUAAGAGGACGGCAGAGUUCAAAGGAUCUGCAAUCAUGGAACCCCCCAAAAACGUUGCAAGCAAAAGCCCACUUUUUGGUGCAGUUGGCUUAGGAGUGGCCUGUCCAAACGUGGUUGAAGCACCGAAUAUGAUGGAUGUUGCAAAUGCGUUGAAAUAUUUCAAGUAUUGUUAGAGAUGAUGGAACGAGACCAUCAGAAUCGUGCUUCCUAGGUGUACAUGUGAGGAAGAAAAAGAAAGUAUGCUUUUUUUUUUCUAGACUCUCAAAAGGAACUGCUGUCUAUGUUGCCAAAUCUGGAGUAAGCAGUUGAGUGUCGCUAAUGUGUUUCGAAUUGAGCAUAUGUUUUACAAGUUGUUGAGCUGCUGCAACGCUGAUCGGAUACUUUGCACGGGCCAGUAAUUCUAAAACAGUCUUUUAUUUGGUUUCUUUUUGUGUUGCUCGGAUAGCAGUCUUUUUUGCUGCUUUUUUUUUUUGUCGUUUCUCACAUGCAAUCCCUCUUGAUUGCUUGAGAACUGAUGCAUCUGGUAUGAGAUUCCUUGAAAAUAUUGGUGACUGUCAUUACCAAGGAUUACCAACUUAAGAUUGUUGUAACUUUGCUUUUUUUGUGCAGUUUGUGUUAAAUAUCUUAGGUGGUGUAGCACUUAAACAUAGAGGCUCUGAUUCUGUAACAUGGCUGUAAUUUGUGCUACAGGCUGUUAACGUGGAAGAACUGAACAUGUACAAUUUUAUUGUUUUUUUUAUGUUGCAUAUGUUGAUUUUAGCACUUUCAAACUUGUUUCGUUUGUCCAGUAGUGCUUGUAUUAAUCACUGUUAUAUGUGUAUGAAUUAAAGAUGCUGCCACAUCAGUGCAUGAAUUAUGAUGUUUGUCACAUUCGUAACGGUUGAAAAUGAAUACUACUGUGCACUGAUGUGCAAAUGAUAAGCCAAUCAGUACAAAAGUUGGUGUAAUAGCUGUUCCUGCAUCUUCUAAAUACAUUGCAGCACACAUUUUGGUCUCAUGGCACCUGGUACAUAGUUGGCACAUAUUUUAAACAUGUAUACGUUCCUGUACAGUAAAAUUGCUGGUUGUGUUGACUUGGCUGGGCUGCCUUGUGCUUGCAGUUUUGCACGUUGCUUUCACGGGGUUUUAGGUUGAUUUGAACAUGCAUGUUUUCCUACACCCAGCUUUCGAAGGUUGCUAUGCUGUUUAGAAGCAGUGGAUACAUUUUCGUAUAAGCUGCUUUUGCACUAACAAGAAAUGCUUCUCGCUGUAGCCAUAGUGGUGAAAAACCCACAGCGAUUGUAAAGGUGCACUUUCCUUUAGCAGACAGAAAGGCUCUGCAACUUUCUUUUUUUUUUAUCUUGUGGCGCUGAGAAUAAGACGGAAAACUGCAUGUGUUGUAAUGAGAAUGUUAUAUCUUAAACCAGUGUAGUCAGAAACUCUCUGUAGUGAUUAGGUACUGCGGAUGUAGAAGUUUGUUUUGUAGGUGUGUGGAAUAACCGUAGCGUUUUGCCGAGUGCAGAGCUAUUGUGUUUGUAAAUGAUCCAGCUGGAAGAAGAAUGUGCGAACAGAAGGAAGCCAGGGGGUGCAGGCAUCAUUGGAUGGUUUUUUUUUUACUAUGGAUUUUUUUUUCUUACCAGUUAAUUCAUUCUGUUAUUAUCAAAACCUUGAAAAAAUUUAAGUCGGUGUACAGGCCCUGUGAAUGCGCACGUAUUAUAAUUUCAUGGUCCCUGGCUUUUUGCUCGGAUAGCAGGGCGAACCCCAACUUGCAUGCUCGUGUUGCCUCUGCAACAUGCCAUUUCCGGAGAAUUAUUUUUCAAAGUUUGAGACCGGGAGCUUUUGUUUGUAUUGAAGCUGAAGGCACGAUUACGACAACAUACGUAGGUGUACAAUCACGUGUGUCGUCGUCCUUGGGGUUUUCACCUCAAAAAUGCUAAACCAAUGCCCAGUUUAUCGUUCUGACUUUGUUUCUAUGAUGUUUGAAUUCUACUAGCGACAAAUGUGCAUUGAAAUGUCCUUUCUCAUGCUGUGGUCCUUGCAAUAUGCCGACAUGCCUGUCAAGGUGCACUGUAGCUUAUAUAUUUUGUCCUUCGUGAAGUAGCACCCAGUUUACAGGGGAUUGUCUGACAUGCGUUAUUUCAUUGUGUGUUUCUUUGAGACUCGGCUACUUGAUUUCUUUUUUGUACAACCUUACAUGUUCAUUAUGUUUGCUCCAGCCUCUCAAAAAAGGAAUGUAUCAUUCAUGUAAAAGGGAAGAAAAUCAUCAUAAUCCCGGAACACACCCGCCAUUUGUUCACACUCUGCUGUACGAACGACAUUAAAGAUAUUUUAUUCAUUCUGUAA